AUUAUUUAAAAAUCCCGUUGCUAUAUUAAAACAGUGUUGACUAACAUUUAAACAGUGUUGGCUAACAUUUAAACAAUUCUAUUUCCAGGUGAAUGGCAACUUUGUAUUUUUAAGUAGCGCACUACAGCCACACUAACGCAUUGGCAACUUUUUGGCGCUAAAAUCGGCGAUUUUAUUGAUUGUUGUUCUGUUUAUAUGUGUUAAUAUUGUUAGCCCAAAUCAUGGGCAUUACCGGUUUGAUACCCUUCGUGGAGAAGGCCUCCUCGCGAUUGCAACUGAAGGAUAUUCGGGGCAGCACAGUGGCCGUGGACACUUAUUGCUGGCUGCACAAGGGAGUUUUUGGCUGCGCGGAGAAGUUGGCCCGCGGCGAGGACACGGAUGUUUAUGUCCAGUACUGCCUUAAGUACGUGCAAAUGCUGCUGUCCUACGACAUCAAGCCCAUCCUGGUGUUCGAUGGUCAGCACUUGCCGGCCAAGGCGUUGACCGAAAAGCGGAGAAGGGAUUCCAGGAAGCAGAGCAAGGAGCGGGCGGCGGAACUCCUGCGAUUGGGACGCAUCGAGGAGGCCCGAUCCCAUAUGCGCCGCUGCGUGGACGUCACCCACGAGAUGGCCCUACGCUUGAUCCGGGAAUGCCGCAGCCGGAAUGUGGACUGCAUUGUGGCGCCCUACGAGGCCGAUGCCCAAAUGGCCUGGCUCAACCGAACCGAUGUGGCCCAGUACAUCAUCACCGAGGACUCGGAUCUGACGCUCUUCGGGGCGAAGAAGAUAAUCUUCAAGCUAGACCUCAAUGGCAGCGGUUUGCUGGUGGAAGCCGAUAAGCUUCACCUGACCAUGGGCUGCAAGGAGGAAAAGUAUAACUUUGAAAAGUUCCGUCGCAUGUGCAUCUUAUCCGGCUGUGACUACCUGGACUCACUGCCUGGCAUUGGACUGGCCAAGGCCUGCAAGUUUAUACUCAAAACGGAACAGGACGACAUGCGAAUAGCACUAAAGAAAAUUCCCAGCUACCUCAAUAUGCGCAAUCUAGAGGUAGAUGACGACUAUAUUGAGAACUUCCUGAGAGCGGAGGCCACCUUCAAGCACAUGUUCAUCUACAAUCCUCUAGAGCGUCGCAUGCAGCGAUUGUGUGCUUUGAAAGAUUAUGAAACCGAUGAACGCUACUGCAGCAAUGCUGGCACCUUGCUGGAGGACAGCGAUCAGGCCCUCCAUUUAGCCCUGGGCAACCUAAAUCCCUUCUCGCUCAAGCGUCUGGACUUUUGGACACCGGAAAUGCCGUGGCCAACGCCAAAGAACGUGAAACGUGCCAAGCACAAGAGCAUUUGGCAGGGGAAUUUCCAGAAAGAGAACCCUUCGACACCGAAGAAGGGAAACGCGUGUGCUUUGUUCUUCAAAAAAGUGGAUUUCGUGAGCAAAACCGUAGACGAGGAGAUCGCGGCUAAUCAGAAAAUAGAAAAGGCCAAACAAACAGAGGCGCAGGUGUUUAGCAUGUACAAUUUUCGAUCGAAAAGAAAGCGGAGUCCGAGCAAGGAAGAGUCUAUGGAUCAGGAGCGCACACCUCCACCGUCGCCGGUGCAAAAGAGCCGCCACAAUCCCUUUGCCAAGGAACGAACUGUGGAGGAAGCUUCCCAGCGAUCCCCGGUGGUUUGUGAGAAUGCCUCCUUGCUGCGUUUGCUCAGUCCCAAGAAGGUAACUCCUUUGGGCGGAGAAGCUGAUGAAACGAGGGUUAAUGCUCUUAAAAGAAGCAUAUUCGCCAAGGAGCAAGUGCAGGUGCGUAGUCGAUUUUUUGCCUCCCAAGACGAACAGACAUGGCUCCAGAAGGAGCAGCCAAAAGAUGAACAGAACGACGAAAAAGACGAGCAGGAGCUGGACUCAAGCGCUAGCAAUAAGAAAUUAAGACUAGAAAAGGAAGUUAUUUCAGUAGACAACUCAAAACGACAACGUUCUAACUCACCGUGUAGUGAGGGAGAAACAGAUACAGAAACCACUGCCUCUUCGCUUUUGGAAUCCCAAGAUAAUCCAUCAGCAUCUUCGCAUUUAGAAUCACAAGAAGAGCCAGUCACUUCUCAGCCAGAAAAACCAACUAAAGGCAUAGGAAUACGCAUAAAAUCCCUUGAUGUGCUAGUUGAAAACUCUCUGGAAGCCACCGAUGCCGACAGGAACAACAAUGAUGCCAUCAUCCUGCUAUCCGACGACAGCUGCAGUUCAGAGCAAACAGCCUCAUCCAUCUCAGCGUCCACCCUGCAACGCCAGAAUUCCCUGCCAGUCGGCAAACGAAGAGUUGGACUAAGUAAGCCCUCCACUGCCAAAAAGGGAACUCCCAAGACCAAGACGAACGGCAAACUCGGAGUCGUGGGCCAGAGUCAAACCAAACUCAGCAUGUUUGGCUUCCAGAAGAGACCUGUCCUCAAGUAGAUUUCUAUUACUAGGCUGUAACUUUUUUUGUUCUUUAGAUUAAUCUAAUUUAUUAAAGUGAUGACUGACUACACCAGAGCUGAAUGCCAUGAAUCCAUCAAGAUUACAAUUGCUAGGCUGGCAAGGUGAUUUCUGACUGUCGAGAACUGCGUCACACUCAACUGCCGCGACUAACAACUUUAAUUAAAACGAGGUAUAAAUAGAUGCUACACCCCGUCGCAUUUCU